AUGGCUGUAGAAGCAACACGAGUGCUGCUACAGCAUUUUGCUUCCGACCAAACUGCGACAAGUAUAUUGAAGAAUGGAGGCAAAUCGUACUCUGAGAUAGCCGCUAAAGAGCUGCCGAUGUUACAUGAUAACUGGACUCGGUUCUGUGCUUAUCUGUGGCCGGCUGCAAGCGAGGAGCGACUGAAACUCAUCGCUGAGACUAUUGUCUACAUCUUCAUCUUUGAUGAUGUAUGGGAGAUGAGUGACGAAAGUACAAUCCAAACAUUUCAGAACGAAUUCGUAUCACGACUAAAGGCUCAAAUGCCUUACGGAGACGAUGAACCAGUCUCGAUCUUGCAGAAGGCCAUGCAUGCUACUAUCCAAGGCCUUCAUGAUCAAGAUGGCAUCAUCGGUGACGGAGGAGCCGAGGUAGUUGCAAGAUUGAUGGAUUUCAUCAAUCACCCCCCGCCCCCCACCGAAUUCCACAGUCUGAGAGAAUUUCUGGACUAUAGGAUAAUCGACGCAGCUGUCCCGUAA